GCACGUUAAACUGCUCUUCACAUACUCUUCGGACAAACGCGUCCGUGUAUGCGUCUUUUUCGGUUGCUUCGUAUUUUGAACAGAUAGUGUUGUAAACAAUUGCAGUGGGUGGCUCUAUUAAAAAAAAAAAAUGCAAGGGACUAUUAUAGAAAAUUUAAGCGGCAGGAAGCUAUCGGUACUUGUGAUACUGCUGAUUAUCGCACAAAUAGUUUGUUUUCUAAUAGGCGGGCUCAUUGCUCCAACGCCCGCCAGUAGCCAAAAUAUACUUGGGACACCUUGCAAAGAUAUUCGCGUGAAUGGCUCCGAACUUGGGGAAAGGAAAUGGUUUUAUUCGAGGGGAAAAGGAUCUUGUACUGCUGUUGACAUGUACCGAUCUAAUUUGGACAGCCAUCAUCAAGCAUAUCAAGUUGUUUACACGUUUCAAAUGCCCUGUCCUCGAAACAGCAUGCAACUUGAUUAUUCUAGAUGGCAGCAAAAUUUAAUUGGUGUUUUGCAAGUGGAUAUUGUUUACCAUAGUCAGAUAGAAAUUGCUCCCAGAACUAAGAUAACAUUGGAUUCGAGGCUUGCUUACAGGAACAAAGGUGAUCCGGACAACGAUUGGAAACCAUAUGCUUCCUCCGUGGUGGAAAGAAUCCUGGAUUGCAGUAUCGACGAUGCAAUGGAACAAUACAAUUAUAACUGCAGCGUAGUACCACUGUUUGAAUUGGGAUCUUUAUUUCACGAUUAUUAUCUUCUAAAUAUUCGUCUUCCCGCUGACACGGAUAGAAACAUUAAUCAGGGUUUAGGACAUAUAACUGAUUUAUGGCUCACUGCUAUCAAUCAAAAUGGCGGAUUUACAAAGGUAUGGGUGAGUUUGAAAACCAUUUAUUUCCCAAUUGUCAUAUGUAUCCUUGCUUGGUACUGGAGGCGAGUACACAUGCUUUCGAGAUCACCAGCUCUAUUGGAAUAUUUGCUUUUAGCAUUGGGCACAGCACUAACGUUUUUAAACAUGCCUUUGGAGUAUUUAACGCUUGCCUAUGAUAUGCCAUUUAUGCUUUUGUUGGGCGAUAUUCGGCAAGGAGUGUUUUAUGCAAUUCUUUUGUCAUUCUGGCUUGUGUUUGUCGGAGAACAUCUUAUGAUACAGGAAGGUGAACAAAGAAACUCCUUGAAAUGUUAUUGGCGUCAUUUGUCUGCAGUAGGAAUCGGUUGCUUAUCGUUAUUUAUGUUCGACAUGUGCGAGCGCGGAGUACAAUUGAGAAAUCCGUUCUAUUCGAUUUGGGUUACAGAUCUUGGCACUAAGUUUGCCUUGUCAUUCAUAAUUUUGGCCGGUGUCUCUGCUGGUGUAUAUUUGAUAUUCUUGACUUACAUGAUUUGGAAAGUAUUCAUGAAUAUUAGCGCUAAAAGGGCUGCAUUACCUAGCAUGAGUUCGGCACGGCGUUUACAUUACGAAGGCGUGAUAUAUCGAUUUAAAUUUUUGAUGAUAACUACAUUGUUGUGCGCGUCUUUAACUAUUCUUGGAUUUAUUCUCGGCCAGGUUGCAGAAGGUCAGUGGAAAUGGGACGAAGAAUUACACUUAGAAAUGACAUCUGCAUUUUUCACUGGUGUGUAUGGAAUGUGGAAUAUUUAUAUCAUAGCAUUAUUGUGCCUGUAUGCACCUUCGCAUAAACAAUGGCCCAUCGAACCAUCCGAAAAUAGCAUUAGCGAAGAAAUAGAAUUUUCACGUUUGUCGACUGAUCCCAACGAGAUGUUGUCUCUGACAGCAUUUGCACGAAAAUCAGCAGUAGAGUAAAUAGUAUAGAUAUGUUGGAAAAUAGUAGAAGGACGGCCA